CAGCUCUCUUGAGUCAUGGCUUCCUCAAAGCUCCGAGAACCUGUGGAUGAAGUUUUUGACCUGGACUUGGCUGUACCAGAAACCACCAGACUGGACAGCAGCUUACACAAAGCCCGGGCCCAGCUGCUGGCCAAGGGCCGGAGACACCGGCCUUCCCGCUCCAGACUACGAGACAGUGCCAGCUCUGCUGAGGACGGGGAAGGCUCCGAUGGGCCCGGAGGCAAGGUUGGGGUGACCGACGGCUGCGGUAGCCCGCUACACCGGCUGCGCUCGCCUCUGCACUCGGGCCCAGGCUCCCCCGCCAGCGGCUCUUUCUGCCUGGAGCCCCCUGGCUUGCGGCGCAGCCUGGAUGAGGACGAGCCACCGCCCUCGCCCCUCGCCCGUUACCGGCCCCUGCACAACGCUGCCUCACAUGAGGGCCUGGCCGCCACCUCUGGCUCGCCUCCGCGCUCCGCACCCUCCUCGGACAGCUCCCCCAGCUUCGUGCGCCGCUAUGCCCGAGCAGAACCGCACAGUGAAGAUGACAGCCGGGAUACCAGCCCCCCUGAGCCUGCCAGCCCCACCAUCGGCUUGGAUAAGAGGACUCGCAGAAAAUUCCUGGACCUGGGGGUCACUCUCCGCCGAGCAUCCACUGGCAAGAGCCGGAAGGAGAAGGGUAGCAACCGUCUGUCCAUGGGCAGCAGGGAGUCCGUAGAAGGUUCUGGAAGGACAGGGAGCUCCCCAUUCCUGCCCUUUUCCUGGUUCACAGACAGCGGCAAAGGCUCUGCUUCCUCAGGAAGCACCACCUCCCCGACCUGUUCCCCCAAACAUGAGGGCUUCAGCCCCAAGAAGUCAGCUUCCCAGGAAUCUACCCUGAGUGAUGACUCCACACCUCCCAGCAGCAGCCCCAAGAUCCCCAGUGGUCCUCGACAGGAGACCAAGUGCUCCUAUCCUUACCACACGUUGUCCCAGUCUUCAGAUGAGUUCCUGGAUGAGCCCCUCCCUACUAUACAACACUGGACUAGCCAGCAGGUGGGCCAGUGGCUGUGCAGCCUCAACCUGGAACAGUAUGCCGCCGAGUUUGCUGCCCGACAGGUGGACGGGCCACAGCUCCUGCAGCUGGAUGGGAGCAAACUGAAGAGCCUGGGGCUUAGCAACUCGCAUGACCGGGCACUGGUGAAGCGGAAGUUGAAGGAGCUGGCAGCAGCUGCUGAGAAGGAACGGAAGGCACAGGAGAAGACUGCACGGCAGCGGGAGAAGCUGAGGCGCCGAGAGCAUGAGGCCAAGAAGAGCUAG